AGCCCCCUUCUCGGCGCGGCGUCAGCCUCGCGCACACGAGGUCAGCGCCAGAGCGUCGCUGCAGAGCGGGGCCUCGCUCCACCCCGGGAGGGUCAGGCCUGCAGGGCUCGGCCAGUUUACCCCAGCAAGGAUAAAUCAGGGGAUCUGCCCCUCUCCAGCCCGGGAGCAGCCUCCAGCGGUGCCGAGGAGCAGGCGGGCGGCGGAGAUGCCGCCCCUGGGGCCGGUGCGGAGCUUGGCAGUGGAGCUGGAGAGCGGGCGAGCGUGGGACGCCUACAGCAGCGGGGAGCUGCUGCGGGGCCGGGUGCAGCUGGAGCUGCGCGGCGCCCUGCGGCUGCAGGCGCUGAAGGUGUGCGCUCGCGGGCGAGCCACCGUGCACUGGCUGGAGAGCCACAGCGUGGGGCUCAACAUCGUCUACUGCAACUACACCGCCUGCCAGACCCUCCUGCACCGCUGCUGCCAGCUCGUCCCCGACAACGGCGAAGUCACCGUCCUGCCGGCAGGAAGACACGAGUUCCCCUUCACUUUCCAGCUCCCCCAGACCCUGGCGACCUCCUUCGAAGGGAAGCACGGCCACGUGCGCUACUGGGUGAAAGCCAAGCUGCACCGACCCUGGUCCAUGGCGAAGAAGGCGAAGAAGGAAUUCACCGUCAUCGAGCCCAUCGACAUCAACACGCCGGCGCUGCUGGCCCCGCAGGCGGGCGCGAAGGAGAAACCCGCCCGAGGCUGGUAUUGCAACCGGGGGCACGUCUCCGUGACUGCCAAGAUCGACCGAAAAGGCUACACGCCAGGCGAGGUCGUCCCUAUCUUCGCCGAGAUCGACAACUGCACGAACCGAGCCGUGGUGCCCAAGGCGGCCGUCAUCCAGACGCAGACCUUCGUCGCCCGCGGCGCCAAGAAGCAGAAGAAGUCGGUGGUGAGCAGCAUCGUGGGCGACUCCGUGGCGGCCGGGAGGAGGGAAGUGUGGCACGGGCGGGCGCUGAAGAUCCCCCCCGUGGGCCCGUCCAUCCUGCGCUGCCGCGUCAUCCAGGUGGAAUAUUCCCUGAAGGUCUGCGUCGAUAUCCCCGGCACGUCCAAGCUGCUCCUGGAGCUGCCGCUCGUCAUCGGCACCAUCCCGCUGCAUCCCUUCGGGAGCCGCACGUCCAGCGUCAGCAGCCAGGGCAGCGUCCGGCUGGACUGGCUGAGCAGCAUCCCGGAGCGGCCGGAGGCUCCCCCCGAGUACUCGGCGGUCGUGUCCAGCCCGGAGCGGAGCCUGGAGCCGCCGUGCCCCGCCGAGCUCGGCGGCGCCCCGGAGGGACCCUUCUUCGCCUACAUCCAGGAAUUUCGCUUCCGGCCGCCUCCGCUCUACUCGGAGGUCGACCCGAACGCGCCGUCGGAGCCCGCGCGGCCGCGCUGCAUGACCUGCUGAGAGCCGGGCGGGCGCCGAGCCCCCCCCCCACGCCGGGAUGCCGCCUGCGGAGCGGAGCGGAGCGCGGAGCCGCCCCGGCUCGGGGACCAGGACGCGGAGGUAUUUCUCAGGAUCGCUGGAGACUGUGUCCAAACCGGGCGCUGGGUUCAAGCUCCGCGCGGCGGGAACGCUCGGAGCCGGCCGCGCCGGCGGCGGGGCGCGGGACAGCGCCGCGGGCCGCCCGCACCCGCGAACGCUUUUUAUACGGACGACUCUUUUCUCUGAUUUAUUCUUUUUGUACGAUGACUUUGGGGAAUUUUUGUUUGGAAUAAACCCUUAAAUGCA